AUGAGCAAUCAGAUUGAGACCAACCAAAGCAUUCAGAAUAUAAGAGAGGAUACUAAGGAGUUGAGUGAGAGGUUGGAUAGGAUCAAUGGCAAAAUGGAGAUGAAUGCAAAGAAUCAGAGCAUCAACUUCAAGGAUCUUGAAAGUAGGAUGGCUGCUAUAACUAGGCCUCAUGGUGCUUUACCUAGUAACACUCAGCAGAAUCCAAAGCAGAAUCAAGGGUCGAAUAAUGGUCAGAAGUACACUCCACCUACAGUUCGUCAGGAGCAAGCAAAGGCCAUUACAACCAGAACAGGUAGAUCCUAUGACCCUCCUCCUAAUCCUAAUGUUAUUGUUUCAGAUGUGCAGGAUACAGGUGAUAAUGAUGAAGCUGAAGUUAAUGAAGAAAUUGAGAUGGAAGAUAGUUCGACUGUAAAGACUCCGGUUACUCCACCGAAACCAGCUGGAAUGCCAAAUUAUGCAAAGUUUAUCAAAGAACUUGUGACGGAUAAAGGAAAGAUGGAUGAGGUGAAGGUCGCUUAUCUUAAUGCCGAGUGUUCUGCUAUCUUGCAGAACCAACAGAUUCCACCUAAGCUUGAGGAUCCAGGGAGUUUCCUUAUCACUUGUUCUAUUCGCUCUUUAACUUGUAAGGCACUUGCCGAUUUAGGUGCUAGCAUUAACUUGAAGCCUUACUCGGUUUGGAGUAGGGCAUAUUGUCUUGUUGAUUUUGUGAUCCUCGAAAUGGAGGAAGAUACUAAGGUACCCCUAAUUUUACGUAGACCAUUCUUUAAUACCGCGGAUACUAUCAUCCGGGUGAAAGAUAAGGAGAAUUCUUUUGGUGUGGGUACGGAUAGGAUUGUUUUCAAUGUUGAAAGAUCUAUUAAGCAUUCUUACUCUACCGAUGAGUCUUGUUUCAAGAUAGAUGUCAUUGAUGAUGCUUUGGAUCAGGAAUUUGAGGAAUUCAUUGAGACUGAGGUAGAUGAAGAGCUCACUCGCCUAGGAGAUGGAGAUAUAGAUGAUGAGUUGUUUGCAGAGGUUAUGGCACUAAGUUUGGAUGAGACACCUCCAGAGGAUGAGAACUUUGAAAGAGUUGUUGCUGAUGGAAGCUCAAGGGUACCGAAUUCUGUUGAUGUACCCCCUACUGAUGUAGAGCUUAAGCCAUUGCCUGCGCACUUGGAGUAUGUUUACUUGGCAGAUAAGAUGUUGACACGGCGUGAAAGGACACACCUUGUUUUGAAUUGGGAAAAGUGUCAUUUCAUGGUGACCGAGGGUAUUGUGAUGGGGCACAAAGUGUCAAAGGCCGGGAUAGAAGUUGAUAGGGCUAAGAUUGAUGUUAUAGCCAAGCUACCCCCGCCUUCCAAUGUGAAAGGGGUAUUAAAGGAGUAG